GGGUGUGUAAGCGUGCUGUGAGUGAGUGAGGGAGGGAGGGAGAGAGAGAGAGUGCUGUUCUUCAUCCCUAUCUCCUCCUCUUCCUCUCUCUGUGUCUCCGCUCUGUUUCGGUGCUGAAGCUGAGCCACUCUGUCCGUACGUUGCCGUGGAGAUGGGCUGCCGGCUGUCGGGGCCGUGGCUGGGGGACGGGAUGGGGGUGAAUACUCGGGACCUGAGCCACAUACGGAAGAGAGAGGCUCUAAGAAUUCUGGCCAGCUACGAGCAGCCAAUCACGCUGCAGAUAGAGGGGCGGAGGGGGCAGAACCUGCAAUUCCACAGAACAUCAGACUGCAGUACACAAACAGAGCGGCCAUGGGACACCUUACAUACCCUCGCCAUAACACACGGACCGUACUCCGACAGGCCCUACUACAGUCACGUGACCCUGCCUGGUGACCAUGGAGACGGAGGCAGAUAUGAUUACCUACCCAACGCUCCGCGGGACCUGGAGGACAUGCGCGCUAUUCCAUGCCAUGACCCUGAGCUGUCGGCCAGAGGGCCGCCGGGACAGAGUUGUCUCAUUGGCUGCUGCAACACCAACCUGGAGGAACCCAGUAGCUUCCAGAGUCAGACCGAGGACGAGGACUACAUGCUGGAAAAGACAAUGGGUUAUCUUCCUCUACAUCAUGAGCUGGACAGCGGGUUAGGCUGGACUGAUGGCAGCUUCCACCAGGGGGAGCUCUCAGGUGUGGAGACAGAGGAGGGUCUGGAGGAGUGCCACACACACAGAGGAGGAGGAGGAGGAGGAGGCUCACCUUCAUCCGAGUCGUUCAUAUCUUCUGAGUUGAGUGACUCCGGGUUCUACAGUGUUAGCACCGGCGAGUUCCUGCGGUUCCAGCGGCUGCUGGAGAAGAGGAUGCGCCUCUACAAUGCCCGCAUACACCACCAGGGGGAGCUCAGGGACAGCCAGAAGGGUCACCGUGAGCUGGAGGCCAUCCCAGAAGCACUAACGGUUCAGCCCCAGAACGUCUGUGUGCCUGGUGGGGUUGGUGGGCACCCAAGAGGUUUGUUUAGAGUGUCUUCAGUGCAGUUCCGGAAGACGGAGCGCCCCUGUUUGAACCGGCACAGCUCCAGCAGUGGUGCCCUUUUCACACCCCAUGCCACUCUCUCAACCUGCAGCACUCCCUCCAGCCAGAGGAGGAUGCCACCACACCACAGCUCCUCUACUGGAACGCUGAGGAGAAGCAGAACGCUGCAUCAUCGCCCGCCACACGUGGAACACCGCAGGAGAGCAAGUCACCCAGCGUCGCCAAACUACUGCAUGACCCUGCAAAACUACGGGCACAGGAUCCAGCAAGAGCUGCCCGAGGAAUCUGAAACGGAUGUGCCGCACCAUGCUAACCGCCCAGCACACCAUGCUAACCAAGCCAUAAACUACACUAACCACCCAGCGCACCAUGCUAGCCAAGCUACACACCAUGCUAACCAAGCUAACCAAGUUCCACACCACGUUAACCAUCCAGCGCACCCUGCCGACUACGCCACACACCAUGCCAACCAUCCAACACACCCUGCCGACUACGCCACACACCAUGCCAACCAUCCAACACACCCUGCCGACUACGCCACACACCAUGCCAACCAUCCAACACACCCUGCCGACUACGCCACACACCAUGCCAACCAUCCAACACACCCUGCCGACUACGCCACACACCAUGCCAACCAUCCAACACACCCUGCUGACUACGCCACACACCAUGUCAACCAUCCAACACACCCUGCCGACUACGCCACACACCAUGUCAACCAUCCAGCACACUCUGCCGACUACGCCACACACCAUGUCAACCAAGCCACACACCGUGCUAAACACCCAGUGCACUCUGCAGAAUAUGCUACUCAUCAUGCUAACCACCCAGUGCACCCUGCCAACUAUGCCACACACCGGGCUAACCAUCCAACACACCAUGCUAACCAUGCCCCACACCCUGCCACUCACCAUCCACACCACACCCUCCCUGCCCAUGCCACACUCCCUGCCCAACACAGCCACCGCCUGCGCCCAAAACACGCUAUCAGUCAGCCUAGCCUGACCAGCUCCUUUGAAGACCCCCACUGUGAUCUGCCCCAUCUGCCCCACGAGCCCCGUCGCCAUGACAACGGGGACAGAUCACCCAGCAGUCUCCGGGAGGACCGGAGCUUUGCGAGCGAACCCCCUGUUGGUCGGGAGAAGGAGCGCAGCCGAGAGCGAGAAAGAGAAGCUCGCUUUCACACCCUGAGCCACACUCCAUCACAGGAAGUCAACGACACGUGGCCCAAGCCAGCCAGUCGGCAGAGCACGGGCGGCCUCUACAGCACACUCGAGGGCCACGUGACUGCCACGUCGCCCACAUCGGCACAGAAAGCACCCGCUGGGGCUACGAACCCACGGGCCGUCCGGAACCAGCUCCUCCGCGACCGGGCACUAAGGCUAGCGGACGAACGUGGCGGCAUGAGCACGGAUGAAGAAAGUCACAGCGAGAUCCGGACGGGCCGCUACUGGAGCCGCACAGAGCGUCGCGAACACAUGAUGCAGAAAAAGGCGCGAAGCAGCAGUGGCGCUGGCACGGCCAUCACAGCGGCCGGGGGCGCCAGCGCAGUUCUGGAGCUGAGUCAGAGGAAGCUGAGCCGCCUCAGAAACAGGAAGCUACUGGACGACUGGACCACGGUGGAGGAGCUGUUGACCCACGGGAGCCGGCUCGGCGUCAGCGACGAUGCUCUACAGAUACCGAGCUCACUGCUCACCGUCACCACUGUAUAGCAACACGCGGUGUGAGUGUGCACUGCAUGUGUGUUUCUGACCAGCGUGUGUGUGUGUGUGUGUGUGAGAGAUAUACUGCCUUCACCACAUGAGGCUACCUCCUGUUCUUGAUGUUUACUGUAGAUAGAUGUUUCUGGGACACUGUAGUUUGUUGUUUUUUUCCAGAGGUUUCUUCUUGGACUUGGUUCAGAUCAGCACUGGUAACAACUAGCAACUUUCAGUUUUAUUAUGACAAAAAAACGCUGCAUUUUCGAUUCGACCACUUCAAGCAAUACUGCACUGCGUUAAUGUUGGACCUGAGCUACACUGAUAUAUGAAAUAUCUUUAUUUUCCGCAGCGAAUUCUGCACCUUUCUGUUAGCACAGAAAUCAGUUUACGCUAAGAGUAGGGUUGGGAGUCAAUCCCCAAAAAAGAGUUUCGACUCCAGUGUUUGGGAACUGAUUCCACACAGUGACGGUCGGGUUUACACGCGUACAGAGUGAGCAAAACCCAAAAUUUGCAACGUGAAUUAGAUUUUGUUGUUCAUAUAUUUAAAGUAAAAACAAAAGCUGUUCAAACAAAGGGUGGAUUUAGCCACCUCUCCAGAGCUGUGUGCACAAAGCAGUUCAAAAUCUCAAAGCUCAACACUGAAAACAGAGAAAUCACCACAGAAACGUAAUCAAAUAAAUCUUUGAUGCAGUUCCUGCUAACGAGGGUCAGGGGGGACUCGUUUUGAGACGGGGAUGCAUCACAAGAUCCAAACUAGCCCACCAUUUCUUAUUUCUACUAUUAUUUAUAUGUUACACCAAGGUAACCAAGAGGGCUCACUAGCGAUAAAACCAAAAGCUUUUGCUUAAAUGUGACAAUCAUGACACUCGGUAUACGACAAACUAGUGCCAGCUGAGUAGGUUACGGUCAGCAUUUCCCACUGCCCCCUUGUUCGGAUAUGUCCUCUUCCUCGUUGAGUAGCUUUUUCAUUCUUGUCUUCUUGGUGCCACCUUGUUUUUUGCCGCUGCUGUCCGUCCUCACUCAAUUCACGGAUGAAAACGAAACAUUGGUGUUUCAACUCUGUAGAGCCGCCAGUCGUGUGGGCCUCAGACUCACGGUCACGCUGAAUUUGAAGAUGAUGUUUCCUGUUUAAAUUUCAGUUCCACCAGCAGUUCCACUGUUCAGUGCUGUACAGUCUGAAUAUAACGGAGAUAACCGAGGUAGCUGACUAUUGAUAAAAACAAAAAGCUUUCACCUUAAAUGUGAAAUAAUCAUCACACUCAGGAUAUUACAGCCUAGUGCUGUCUGAGGUCAGCAUUUCUCACUGUCCACCUGCUCGGAUAUGUCCUCAUCCUCUUUUUUAUUGGCACUCUGAAUUUGAUACUAAUCUUUUGAAGCUAAUGGUUCUUAUUGGAAUUUCCGUUCCACCUUAAAAAGUGCAGCAGUUACAUGAUAAUGUGGAAGACGCUGGGGGCUGGUUUAAUGUAAACAUGGAGCAUGUGUAGUUCAUCUGAUCAUUUUUAGCAUUUUUGUGCUUAUACACAUGAGUUUAUACAGUAGCACCAAAGAGCAAAAUACAGGGGGUCCUGGGGCUCUGAGGACCCCUAAUUACCCUCUUGGACCCCCUGAAUAUCUCAAAAUCUAAAUUCUGGGGGUCUCUGAAAAUAAACGUAUUGUGACGUUACGCUGUCUAUUAGAGAUGAGCAGACGGGUUGGGGGCUUCUCAGUGAUUAGCACACAGUAUAAACUCGCACCACUAGAAACGCUACGUCCAAGUGUGUGUCUGCAGUCAAAUGUAGGGGUCAAACCAGCGCUACUCCCCCUGAAGUGGUCUAAUCUUUGAAUUUUCACAUAUAAGCCCACCAGCCCACCCUGAAUUCUCCCAGUUUUCCCAAUCCCGGUCCGAUGCUGGAAUAAUGUGUCCGCUCCUCCCUUCAAUCCGUUUUAUUGCUGUUAAAUUCCCGUAUAAUACCUUGAUUUUUGGAAUUGAGAAUGGAGAAAGUCACUGUGUGGAAUCGUCUCUUGGAAUCCACCGAUUGCCAUUCUCGGAUUCCGAGUCGGAGUCGACUCCAGAACGUCUUUAACGGAGCGGCCCCGGUGACGAUCAGCUUAGCUGGUGCUAACAGUAGUACAGAGUGAUGUUUCUUUAAAACGAAUCAGACGCAGACGAAACUCUUUCGCUUAGAAUCCGACAAAUUUGCACAAACGAUGUCAGAUAAUCUGAUUGUCUUCCACUUGGUACAGGAACAAAACGGGGGCGUGGCAUUUCCAUCCCGAGACUCCGCCCAUCACCUGAGACGAUCAUAAUUCUUCUGACUCAUAAAUGAAUUUCUCUGGGAAGCAAACAAACAAACAAACAAACAAACAAACAUGCACACAUUUACAUCAAAACACAUCUACACUAGUAAACGUUUGGCAAAUGGAGCGGAGCUUGUGGGACUGAGAGCAGAGCGCUGGGAAUAUUUUAGAUUAUUAACCGUUAGUUGUGUAGAAAACAUUUACAACUAUUUUUCUUGUGCUCACAAUCGAUGUCAUGAAAACAAAUGAUUUUUUAAUUAUUAUUUGUAAAAAAAGAAAAGAAAACCACAGAAUCUUUCAUCGCUGGAUCUGAGACAGAGUGAGCUUCACGCCACCUCAGUGUUGUUUUUGUUGUUCUCAUGUGGAAAUUUAGUUUUUUUCAAAAAAAAAAAAAAAAAAAAAGGAAUUAAGAGAAAAA